AUGACUGGAAAAGAAAUUUUCAAAGUUUAUAUUUUUACGGGAAUGCUGGCCUGUAUUUACUCGAACUCGUUACCAUUGCCCCUCCCAGAAGAGAUGUGCCACCUGCAAUGUCCACAAGAAACUACAACUUCAUUCGCUUGGUAUCAAGAUGAAAUCUCGUCACUGGUAUGCACUAUCUAUCUAUCUAUCUAUCUAUCUAUCUAUCUAUCUAUCUAUCUAUCUAUCUAUCUCAUUCUGUUCAUAUCUAUCUAUCUAUCUAUCUAUCUAUCUAUCUAUCUAUCUCAUUCUGUUCAUAUCUAUCUAUCUUUCUCAUUCUGUUCAUAUCUAUCCAUCUAUCUAUCUAUCUAUCUAUCUAUCUCAUUCUGUUCAUAUCUAUCUAUCUUUCUCAUUCUGUUCAUAUCUAUCCAUCUAUCUAUCUAUCUAUCUAUCUAUUUAUUUUGGCUUGUUCUUAUCUAUCUAUCUGUCUAUUUUGGCUUGUUCUUAUCUAUAUAUCUAUCUAUGUAUCUAUCUCAUUCUGUUCAUAUCUGUCUAUCUUUCUAUCUAUCUCAUUCUUCUCUUUAUAUCUAUUUAUUUAUCUAUCUAUUUAUAUAUCUAUCUUAG